AUGCGAUUCAAGUUUGAAAACGAUCGACGGUUAGCAUUAGCAAGCCGGCUGUUGCGCAGAUACGCGUUUGUACGAUACUAUGGAAUGACAUGGGGAUCGUUACGAUUUGUGCAAGCACAGAAGGGUGGAAAACCCAAGUUGGAGGGCUUUGAGGAUUGCUUUGACUUUAACGUGUCACAUCAAGGUGAUUGGGUGAUUUUGGUAGCCACCGACCAACGUGGGUGUCAAGUCGGUAUUGAUGCUGUGUGCACAGACAGCAUGCCGUCUUCCAUGACCGCUACUGCUCUUGUCGAUACUUUUGCCCCUCAGUUGGCGCCCAAAGAGCUCGAUAUGCUACGGAGCCAUCCACAUCCGAUCGAAGCCUUCUACGCGCUAUGGGCAUUGAAAGAAAGCUAUGUCAAGGCUCUGGGCAUUGGAUUAUACAUGGAUCUUCACAACGUGUGUUUCCGGAACAAGGCAGACAAGAUCGAAUUAAUAACAGGUCAGGAGAAACGAGGACGAACACAGGACGUAGAACCAUGGCAGUUCCAAUUGCAUUGGCUGGAUAACAGAACCAUGUCUGCCGUAUGCUGUUCCAAGAAGAACAAGAACAACGACAAUACGCAAACUACACAAUUAAUCGGUGAUUCAGCGCCAACCAUGCCGCAUCCAUUUGUCACCGUGACCUUUGCAGACCUCGUGGCCACAGCAGCAGCAGCAGCAGCAGCAACAACAACAACAACAACUGCAGCAGAAGCAGCGGCUUUAAAAUCUCUAUGA